GGUCGACUUAUCUUUGCAACAAUAUUUGCGCGUGUGUUAAAGACAAGAAAGAAAACAAACUUUUAUUGCAAAUAUCAAAUCUCCAAAGUCAUUACUACUAUUCUCGACAGUGACUAAUCUGGACAGCAGUCACCACACGCUAAGAAAGUACAUUUCUUAAAUUUUAUGGCUGAAUCAAACUGAAAAUCUUGCUUCUCUUCCACUAUGAAUAAUCAAGUUUUCCUCUCUACUGCUCUCUUGUUAUUGAUCAUUUUUAAAUUCUGUAUUGCCGCUGAUACACUUUCUCCAAACCAAACUCUUUCUGAUGGAGAGCUAUUGAUUUCUCCAUCCCGAAGAUUCGAGCUCGGAUUCAUCUCUCCGGGCUCAUCCACAGCCAGAUUCUUGGGAAUCCGUUACACAGCCACACCAAACGUCGUUGUUUGGGUUGCAAACAGAGAAAGGCCAAUCACCGGUGACUCACCGGGAGUUUUGGCUUUAGCCAAGAAUGGCACACUGGUUCUCACCACAGCUCAGAGGUUACAUAUCUGGUCAUCCAGUUCCUCCAUGGCAGCAUCAACUCCAGUUCUCCAGCUUUUGGAUUCUGGGAACCUGGUUGUCGUAGACGAAGCCAUGGCCCCCUCUUCUCGGCCGGAAAGCUACAUGUGGCAGAGUUUUGAUCACCCCGGUGACACCUGGUUACCGGGGAUGAAGAUGGUGCAGUAUCUUGAUACUGGAGAGGAAAAUUUUCUGACCUCAUGGAGAAGUGCUGAUGAUCCAUCAAUUGGAGAAUUCAGUUACAAGAUUGAAAACUCGGGAUUGUCUCAAGUGUUGAUCAAGAAGGGGAUGCAGAGAGUGUACAGAGCAAUCUUCUGGGAUGGCCGUUUUCCAGGAUUUCCACUUCUACCCUACCAAGAGUGGAAAACUGGGGAGUGGAAAACUGGGGUUGAAACCAACAACGGAAAGCUGGUUUCCAUAUCUCAGCCCUUCAAAGAAUCAAUAAACACAAGAUUAAUCAUGAACUACUCAGGAUCAACUCAACGCUAUGUGAUGAAUGAAGAGAAUGAUGGCUGGAUUCUUAUGAUUUCAGGGCCACGGGACUUGUGUGACAAUUAUGGCUUGUGUGGUGCCAAUGGUAUCUGUAAAAUUAAUAAGACACCAGUGUGUGAGUGUUUGAGGGGAUUCAAGCCGAAAUCUGACGAAGAAUGGGGAAACUUUAACUGGAGCAGUGGAUGUACCAGAAAUUUGACACUAGAUUGCCAAGUGGAAGAUGGUUUUCUGAAAGUUGAAGGACUCAAGAUUCCUGAUUCACUGAGUUUUCAAUUGGAAACUCGUAUGAGCAUUGGUGAAUGCCAUGAUGAAUGCUUGAAGAACUGUACCUGCAGUGCUUAUGGUGAUCCCUACUUCAAGAAUGAGACAAGCUGCUUGAUGUGGUUUGGGGACUUGAUCGAUACAAGGGAGCAGACUGUAGAACCCGGUGGAGGGCCAAAUAUCUACAUUCGCGUGCCAGUUUCAGAAACAGAACUAGAACCAGAUUGGGAGAAGAGGAGGAAAGGGCUUGCCAAGAUGAAGAUCAUAUAUGUAGCUGCUGCUUCUAGUUUCGGAAUGCUUAUCUUGGGCUUAUUUCUUAAGAUGAGAUGCAAAAGAGAAGCUUCUAGGAAGACAAGAGAGUUAUCGGAGUUACCUUUAUUUGAUCUGGCAGCUAUUGCAGCAGCCACGAAUAACUUCUCGAAAGAGAACAUGAUCGGAGAAGGUGGUUUUGGUCCUGUUUACAAGGGAAUACUAUCAGCAGAGCAAGUAAUUGCAGUGAAAAGAAUGUCAAAGAAUUCUGGACAAGGCCCUGAAGAGUUCAAAAACGAAUUAAUUUUGAUUGCGAAACUCCAGCACAGAAACCUGGUCAGAAUCCUAGGAUGCUGCAUUGAAGGGGAGGAAAAGAUGUUGAUCUAUGAAUACAUGCAGAACAAAAGCUUGGACUAUUUCAUAUUUGAUCAAGAAAGAAGGCCACUAUUGACUUGGCCAAAGCGCUUCGAUAUUAUCAUGGGGAUUGCAAGGGGUAUGGUUUACCUCCAUAAUGAUUCCAGAGUGAAAAUCAUCCACAGGGACCUAAAAGCAAGCAAUAUCUUAUUAGAUGAGAAUCUGAAUGCGAAGAUCUCAGAUUUCGGUCUAGCUAGAAUGUUUGAAGGCGAUCAGUCUACAGCGAGAACAAAACGAGUUGCUGGAACAUAUGGCUACAUGGCUCCGGAGUAUGCAUUUGAUGGGAAGUUCUCUGUCAAGUCAGACAUAUUUAGCUUCGGAGUAGUAAUAUUGGAGAUAGUGAGUGGGAAAAAGAACACAGGCUUCAAGCAUCCUUCUUGCUAUCAGAACCUUCUCGAACAGGCAUGGCUACUUUGGCAGGAAAAUAGAGAGCUGGAGAUGAUGGAUACAAGCUACAAAAGUUCAUACACGGAACCACAAGUAAAGAGGUGUAUCCAAAUUGGAUUAUUAUGUGUCCAAAACGCAGCAGACGAGAGGCCAAUGAUGCCGUCUGUGGUUCUGAUGCUAAGCAGUGAGGAUACAGCGUUGCCUCGGCCCAAGAAACCUGGAUUCUUCUUGCAAAGUAGAUCCAGUUUCUUGAAGAGGAAUGACAAGUUGAGCAGUGGCACAAUAACAAUGAGUGAUGUAGAAGCCAGGUAUCGUUAUUUUCAAAGUUUGCUAUAUAAUGAGCAAUUGGGUGUCGAACACCAGUCAACACUUCCUCACCAAAUGGAGCAUCCACAGCUCACACAAAUCCUCUGUCUUCUUAGCAUUUUCAAACUCUGCAUUGCUGCUGAUACACUUUUCCCAAACCAAACUCUUCCUGAUGGAGAGCUACUAAUUUCUCCGGCCAAAAUAUUCGAGUUAGGAUUCUUCUCUCCGGGCAAAAACACAGGCAGAUUCCUGGGAAUAUGGUACAAAAAUACACCAGACAUCGUAGUCUGGGUGGCAAACAGAGAAAGCCCCAUCACGGGCCAACAUGGAUACUUGACUAUAACCAAUAACGGAAGCCUCAUCCUCACCUCACCACAGGGUACAACACCCAUAUGGAUUUCCAGUUCCUCCAUGGCUGCAUCAACUCCAGUUGUACAGCUUCUGGAUUCUGGCAACCUGCUUAUUGUAGACAAACUAAUACCCAACUCUUUCUCACAGGCAAGCUACAUAUGGCAGAGCUUUGACUACCCGGGUGACACAAGGUUACCUGGAAUGAAGAUGGUGGUGGGAGACACUCAUACCGGAGAUCAGGCUAAAUAUCUGACAUCAUGGAGAACUGUUGACGACCCAUCUGUCGGAGAAUUCAGCUACAGGAUUGAAAACCAUGGAUUGUCUCAACUCAUGCUUACCAAGGGGGCACAAAGAGUGUAUAGGACAAUCUUCUGGGGAGGCCACUUCCCUGAAUUUCCGAAUUCACCAAAUCAAGACUGGAAAACAGAAUUUUCAUCACAAGGGGGCAGAUUGGUUUCAGUAUCCAACCCUUUCAGUGAUUCAGCAAUCAUAAGGGUAACAAUGAACUACUCAGGCGUGCUCGAGGGAUACAUCAUGAACGACCAAAAAGACCACUGGAAUCUCAUGAUAGCCUCUACAGACGAUUUGUGUAACAGUUAUGGCAGGUGUGGUCAUUAUGGCAUCUGCAAGAUUAACAAAAUGCCAGUAUGUGAGUGUCUAAGGGGAUUCAAGCCGAGAUCUGAAAAGGAAUGGAGGAUGUAUGAGUGGAGAAAUGGAUGUUAUAGAGAUCCACCAUUAGAUUGCCAAAAGGGAGAUGACUUUCUGAAGAUGGAAGGAAUCAAGUUCCCUGAUUCACUGAAUUUUCAGUUGAAUGCUAAUAUGAGCUCUGUUGAAUGUCGCAGAAAAUGCCUAAGCGAAUGUAACUGCACGGCUUAUGCUGAUGAUCCUUACUCAGAUUAUGAAAGAAACUGUUUGAUGUGGUUUGGGGACUUGAUUGACUUAAGGGAGCUGAGCACAGAAUCUGGAGCAGUACCGACUGUUUAUAUUCGCGUGCCUGUUACAGAACUUGAACAUGCGACAGAUUCGAAUAGGAAGAGGACAGGGCAAGCAAAGAGAGAGUUGAAGCUUAUAGGUGCUGCUGCUUCUGGGUUUGGAAUGCUUAUAUUGGGUUUUGCUAUUGGAGGCUUUUUUCUACAGAUAAGACACAGGAGACAAGCUUCUAAGAAGGUAAGGGGUGGAUUAGAGUUACCUUUAUUUGAUUUGGGAACCAUCGCAACAGCCACGAAUAACUUCUCAACAGAGAAUAUGAUUGGAGAAGGCGGUUUUGGUCCUGUUUACAAGGGAAUUCUAUCAGCAGAGCAAGUAAUUGCGGUGAAAAGAAUGUCGAGGAGUUCUGGACAAGGCCCCGAAGAGUUCAGAAAUGAAUUCAUUUUGAUCGCGAAACUCCAGCACAGGAACCUGGUCAAAAUCCUGGGAUGCUGCAUUGAAGGGGAGGAAAAGAUGUUGAUCUAUGAAUACAUGCAGAACAAAAGCUUGGACUAUUUCAUUUUUGAUCAAGAAAGAAGGCCACUAUUGACUUGGCCAAAGCGCUUCGAUAUCAUCAUGGGGAUUGCAAGGGGUAUGGUUUACCUCCAUAACGAUUCCAGAGUAAAAAUCAUCCACAGGGACCUAAAAACAAGCAAUAUCUUAUUAGAUGAGAAUUUAAAUGCGAAGAUCUCAGAUUUUGGACUAGCUAGAAUGAUUGAAGGCGAUCAGACUACAGCAAGAACAAAACGAGUUGUUGGGACAUACGGCUACAUGGCUCCGGAGUAUGCAUUUGAUGGAAAGUUCUCUUUCAAGUCGGACAUAUUUAGCUUCGGAGUAGUAAUAUUGGAGAUUGUGAGUGGGAAAAGGAAUAGAGGCUUCAAGCAUCCUUGUUGCUAUCAGAACCUUCUCGAACAGGCAUGGCUACUUUGGCAGGAAAAUAGAGAGUUGGAGAUGAUCGAUCCAAGCUACAAAAAUCCGUGCGUGGAACCCCAAGUAAAGAGGUGCAUCCAAAUAGGGUUAUUAUGUGCCCAGAAUGCAGCAGACGAGAGGCCAAUGAUGCCGUCUGUGGUUCUGAUGUUAAGUAGUGAGGAUAUCGUGUUGCCUCAACCCAAGAAACCUGGAUUCUUCCUGCAAAGCAGAUCCAGUUUCUUGAGGAGUGCAUCACGAAGUGAAAACUCCAGCUUUGCGACAAUAACAAUGAGUGAUGUGGAAGCUAGAUAGUUGUGUGGCAAUGUGCACAAAUUAAUGCAAACGCACUAUUGCAAGAAGAUAGAUACACUGACUAUCUCCCAAAAGAAAUGAUUUCUAACCUGACCAAGUUUACUUCAA